AACGCACGGCACAGUGGCAGCGCUGCUGCAAGCCUGCAGCAGCGGUAAUGCCCCGGGGGCUCCACUACUGCGUGUACUAGUGAAGCAUUGAUGCUUCGAGCCCACCCUUGAACCCCUCCCCCCUCUCCGGAUCGCUCACCGCCUGGCCCCCAAUCACCCCGAAUCUUGCAAAAGCGGCGCUCGCUCAUUGGCCGGCGAGCGCGGUUCUUGGACCCCGGUUCGGCCGGCGUCCGGUGGCCGUGAUCUGGUCGUUGCGAUUGAGGCGGGCGGCGCGAUGGGCAUCUCGGCGCGGUGGCUCAAGUCGCUGGUUGGGCUGAGGAAGGUGGAGAAGCAGCAGCAUCGUAAGGAGGGCGCAGAUGUUGGACGCACGGGAGAACUGCACAAACCUGACGCCAUAGAUCAGUUUCACUGCCAGAAUCAGCACUCCAAAGAUGACGAUAACCUUGUUGCACAAGAAGAAUUUACUAAUGAAAGUGGUCCACCAGAAGGUGAUUCUGAUAUGCCUUCAUGCUUGGAACCCACUUGCAGUUCACUUCAUGUGCCAUUACCUCAAACUGAAGAGGAACUCGAAGAGAUCUUGGCUGCCACAGUUAUUCAGACUGCGUUUAGAGCCUUCCUGGCUCGGAGAGCACGGCGAGCUUUAAAAGGACUGGUCAGACUUCAAGCCCUUGUAAGAGGUCAUAUAGUGAGAAAGCAGGCUGCUAUAACACUCCACUGUAUGCAAGCUUUGGUCAGGGUUCAAGCCCGUGUUAGAGCAAGGCGAGUUCGUUUGGCCUUGGAAAACGAGACUGAUCACCAAAAUACACUACAAGAGGAGAUUAACGAGACACAGGCACAUGUCCGAGAAAUUGAGGAUGGCUGGUGUGAUAGUAUAGGAUCUGUGGAAGACAUCCAAGCAAAGCUUUUAAAGAGGCAGGAAGCAGCUGCCAAACGUGAGCGAGCCAUGGCCUAUGCUCUUACUCACCAGUGGCAAGCAGGUUCAAGACAACAUGCGGCAACUACAGCAUUUGAACCCGACAAUAACAGCUGGGGCUGGAAAUGGCUAGAGAGAUGGAUGGCUGUUCGUCCAUGGGAAAGUCGGUUCCUUGGCACUUAUGCAGCCGAUGGGAUUGCCGUGGGUAGUGAAGCCAGGCAAGCUGAGAGACAUUUGGCCAAGACUCCAUGCAGGAAACCUGUUAAAAAGCGUACAUCAACCCUUCAUUCAAACGCAGUGAACCAGAAGGCCUGCCCGUCGAACUGGUCCAGCGGUUCGGUAUCAGCUAAAUCUAGACUGAAGUUGUUACCCAGAGAAGGUGAUGAAGCUUCAUCUCGUCCUUCAGGACUUGGUGUGCGGUCCACUAGUAAUCCAAAGGAGAGGACUGGGGAUUUGGAUUGUCAGGAACUUCGCCUCCCUUCCCUCUCGUCGACGACCUCGUCGCGCCCGAGGAACCUCACCCGGUUUCGCGCUAUGGCGGCGACGUCGUCGAGGCGUUUGUCGCUGGCGGCCUUGGUGGCCAUGGCCUCCGCCGUGCUCCUCGCGUCCGUGGCCGCGGGCAACGACGGCAACGGCGUGUACGAUCCCUGCGCGGACGCGUCGGUGCAGCGCGGCGACGGGGUCACCUUCGGGGUGGCCUUCGCGGGCCACGAUGCCUUCUUCUCCGGCGGCGUGCAGCUCUCCCCCUGCGAUAGCCGCCUAGGGCUCGCCAACCGCGCGCAGCUCGCGCUCUUCCGCCCCAAGGUCGACGAGAUUUCUCUCCUCACCGUCAACGCCUCCUCCUCAUCCUCCGGCGCCGCCUUCGACCCGGCAUCUUCUGGUGGAUACAUGGUUGCUUUCGCUGGGAGGAAAUAUGCAGCGAGGUCAUCUCCGGUAUUUGUCAGUAACAUCUCGUACACAGUGACCGGCUUUACCCUGGUCUUCGAGUUCCAGAAGGGCACGCUGCAGAACCUGUUCUGGAAGGCCGACGGCUGCUCCACGUGCUCCGGAAAAUCCGAUUUCGCCUGCGUCGACCAGAGCUGCGCGAUCAAGACGACGAGCUGCAAGGGCAAGGGCGGGCAGGUGAACUGCAGCCCAGGGAUCCAGCUCGCCUUCUCGGGAACCGACAAGCACGAGGCCGUGCUCAACUCGUGGUACGAGGUGUCCAAGCUCCGGCAGUACUCCCUGUUCGGGCUCUUCUCCGACCUCAAGAACUCACUGACGAGCCAGUUCAGCAGCUUCUUCUAGGGCCCGUUGUGCUACCCGGCCAGGUCAUCUUUUCCUUCCCGUGCAGAGACGUCGUUCUAUAUGUUUGUUUGUUGUAUCGUUAUCAUGUGUGUUUAGUGAAUACUUCGUUUUAACAAAAGCAUAUGUAUAUCAACUAGCUUGUUCAUAUAGUUGCUUAUGUAUACGAGAGAUCAGACAAUGUAAGUUAUGCGUGACUCUGUUUUGUUUUUA